GAGGGAUCGUGUGAGCGCCGACGCCGCGCUGCGUGCAAUUAUCGCGACGGCGAAUACGUCGGCGUUGUUGCUGCAUACCAGCGAGUCGAAUGCGGAAACUUCCCGUGUGUUCAAAGAUUGGGAUGAGCAAAUUAAUGCGUUGAGGGUGAAAUCCAUUUGUCAAUAUAACAAUCGCUGAUGGGGAAAAAUUGAGUGAUUGAUACCUUGCCUGAAAAUUUCUAAAUUGAAGGCCCGGUGGCCGCAUUUAGCCUGCAACAUAGUUUUGUGUGGUCCACAAAUGCAAGUCAUGUGCGUCAAGGUCUUUAAUUCAGGCAACAACAACAAAUGAAAAUGUUUCCCAACAUUUUGAAAUUGUCGUAUUUAACAUCCAUCCAUCCAUUUUCUUAGCCGCUUAUCCUCACAAGGGGGGCAGAAGUGCUGGAACCUAUCCCAACUGUCAAGGGCGGGAGGCAGGGUACACCCUGAACUGGUUGCCAGCCAAUCACAGACAACAGUCACACUCACAAUCACACCUAGGGGCAAUUGAGAGUGUCCAAUUAAUGUUGCAUGUUUUUGGGAUGUGGGAGGAAACCGGCGUGCCCGGUGGAAACCCACGCAGGCAUGGGGAGAUCAUGCAAACUCCACACAGGCGCAGCCAGGAUUGAACCAGAUCCUCAGAACUGUGAGGCCAACGCUCUACAGCUUAGCCAGCGUGCCGCCCGUUGGAUGGACAAUUUCAUGUAAUAAAUAUACGCAGUCCUCGAUUUACAGCAUCUCAAGGAGGCGAGUGAGCGCGCCGAUAUAUAAACUCCCACUGCGAGAGGAGCCCUCAUCACUUCGGCUCUGCCAGGCAGCCCAGGAUGAAGCUCCUCUUCGCCGCCACUUUUGCACUCUUCGUGCUCUGGUCCUCGCUGGACGAGGCGCACUCGUCGGCCUACGACAAGAUAGUGGCGCACAGUCGCAUCCGGGGCAGGAAUCAAGGGCCCAAUGUGUGCGCGCUGCAGCAAGUCAUGGGGACCAAGAAGAAGUAUUUCAGCACUUGUCGCAAUUGGUACCAACGCGCCAUCUGCGGAAAGAAAGCGACCGUCCUUUACGAGUGCUGCCCCGGCUACAUGAAACUGGACGGAAUGCGCGGUUGCCCUGCAGUGGCCCCGAUCGACCAUGUGUACGGCACACUGGGCUUGGUGAAGGCGCAUUCCACGCAAAGAUACGCAGACAUGUCCAAGCUAAGGGGUGAGAUCGAGGGAUCCGGCUCGUACACCUUCUUUGCACCCAGCAACGACGCCUGGGAGCUUUUGGAUGAGAGCAUGCGGGCUGCACUUGUGAGCAACGUCAACAUCGAGCUGUACAACGCCUUGCAUUACCACAUGGUCAACAAGCGCCUCCUCACCAAAGAUUUACGCAAUGGCAUGACCGUUACCUCCAUGUACAACGACCUGGGUCUUCUCAUCAAUCACUACCCCAACGGGGUGGUGACCGUCAACUGCGCCAGGAUCAUCCACGGCAACCAGGUGGCCACCAACGGCGUUGUCCACGUCAUCGACCGUGUCAUCAGCGCUGUCGGGACCACCAUUCAGGAUGUCAUUGAGGUUGACGAUGACCUGUCUACACUGAGUGAUAUUGCCCAAAACUCUGGAUUGUUGGACAAGCUGGGUCAGCCCGGACAUUACACUCUCUUCGCCCCCACCAACGACGCCUUUGCCAAGCUAGGAGGUGACGUGCUGGAAAGGCUCCAGAGCGACAAGCAGGUCCUCCAAGCUCUCCUGAAUUUCCACCUCCUGGACUCGGUCCAGUGCUCCGAGGCCAUCAUGGCCGGCACUUCUUACGAAACUCUGGAGGGCAACAGCAUUGUGAUCGGCUGUGACGGCGACAGCUUCACUGUCAACGGCAUUAAGAUGGUACGCAAGAAGGACAUUGUCACAACCAACGGCGUCAUCCACCUCAUUGACCAAGUGCUCAUGCCAGACUCAGCUAAACAGGUGAUGGAAUUGGUGGGAGCCUCCCAGUCCACCUUUGGCGACAUGGUGUCAGAGCUGGGUCUGUCUGCUGCCAUGAGGCCUGAGGCCGAGUACACUCUUCUGGCCCCCCUCAACGUCGCCUUCAACGAUGAGGUGAUGUCCAUGGAUCAAAGGAUGCUGAAGGUUAUCCUAGAAAACCACAUCCUGAAGAAAAAGAUCAUCCUCGGACAGCUUUACAAUGGCCAGACGCUGGAGACAAUUAGCGGGAAGCUUCUGAGGGUCUUCAUCUAUCGCACUGCCGUGUGCAUUGAGAACUCCUGCCUUAUCAGAGGUAGCAAGGAGGGAAGCAACGGAGCGCUCCAUCUCAUGAAGAGCUUCCUCAAACCAGCUGAAAAAUCCAUGUACGAGAUUCUGAGAGAUAACGGCGGGUUCAAGAUCUUUUUGUCCCUAAUGGAAGAUGCCGGACUGACAGACGUGUUGAGACAAGAGGGAGACUUUACCUUAUUUGCCCCUACCGACAAGGCGUUUGCUGGUCUGAAAGAGACGGAUUUCACUCUUCUGAAAAGCAACAUAAACGCUCUCAGAACCAUCCUUCUUUACCACAUCAAUAACGGCAUCUUCAUUGGCGGUGGUUUGGAAACUGGAGUGACGAACCUUCUCAAGUCCCUGCAAGGCAGCAACCUCAAAGUGAUGUUUGCAAACGACACCCUGCGAGUCAAUUCAGUCCAAAUCCCCGACUCUGACAUCAUGGGCACAAAUGGAGUCAUUCACUUCGUCAACCAACUCUUGUAUCCCGCAGAUUUCCCUGUUGGAAACCAGGAUCUCCUCUCGCUACUGAAGAGGCUCAUUUCCUAUACACAGAUUAAGUACAUUCCAGGCUUCAGAUACCAGGAAAUCCCUCUCACAUUUUUGAAGAAGAUCAUCAGACAAGUUGUUCAAGUUCCCGACGUGACCAAAGUGACGAGGGUCAUCCAACAGGAGCCGUCCAUCACUAAGGUGACCAGGCUCAUUGAACGUGAUCCCGCCAUCACCAAAGUCACCAGAGUUGUCUCAGCACCUCAGUACUCAGUCAGCACUGGCACUACCCACGUUGCCGUGGAUGGAACUAAUCUCGCAGAAAUCUCCACCAUCGAAAAGGAUCAAAACUUCGACGGCGACCAGCUUGUCAAAAUGAUCCAUGCUGGCAGCAGGCAAAGAGUGAGGGGCUAAGCCUGGACGCGCGGGAGUGACCAGAACUAAAGCAGCAAGGCAUCAAAGGACAGCAGGUUGAAAGUGGCUUGCUGACGCAGGGACGCACUUUAAAUGUCAUUUCAAGUGUACUCUUGGUUAAGAAAAAAAAAAAAACAACAACAAAAAAAAACGGUUCCGGUAAGCAAGUUCAACGAUACGUCGAAUGCAUAUCCACAAGCAAAAGAACAUUCAUUCUGACUUUAAUACGAGACCAUUAGUGUAGCAAUAAAAGAAAAAAAAAUAGGGUUACAUCCUAUACUUUUGCCCCGUGCCUUUGCCGGAGUCAAAGCAAUGAAACACAAGUAGAAGAUUUCGUAAAUUCAAGCAUGAUAAAUAAGCAGAUAAAUGUUUUCAGACCCUGAAAUGCUCCCAUCUCCUUUCACGUUUAAGUUGUUAAAACGUUUCAUGCACAUUUUUAUGUCUCUCUCAUGUCAAAUAUUGUAUCCCUGUUAAGGUUUCCCUGCUUUCUUACC